UUAAGAAAAUCAAAAAAAAAUAUAACAACCUUAAAAUGGCUGCAAUAAAUCAUCAUAUAAGUCAUCAACAACAACAGCAAUAUUGUCUUAAAUGGAAUAGUUUUCAUACAAAUAUGACCGAUGGUUUUCAAAAUAUGUUAGUACAUGAAAAUCUUGUCGAUGUAACAUUAGCCUGUGAAGGUGCAUCAAUCAAAGCACAUAAAAUGAUAUUGGCCACUUGUAGUCCUUAUUUUCAAAAUUUAUUCAUGACAAAUCCAUGUAAACAUCCAAUCGUUAUAUUGAAAGAUGUAAAAUUUAAUGAUUUAAAAGCAAUUAUUGAUUUUAUUUAUAGUGGUGAAGUUAAUAUACCACAAGAUCAAUUAAAUUCAUUAUUAAAAACAGCUGAAACAUUAAAAAUAAAAGGUUUAGCGGAUUUUGGUGAUAAUACUAAUAAUACGAAUAAUAAUAAACAUCAAACAUCAAUUGGAAAUAAUCAUAAUAAUCAUCAUUCAACAUCAUCAUCAAUAAUGUCAAUGAAAAAUUUAUUGAAUAAUGGUAAUAAUAAUUCAUCAUCAACAACAACAACAUUAUCAUCAUUAAAUCAUCCAUUAAAUUAUUCAGUAAAUUCAUUAAAUAAUUUAAUGAUGACUAAAAAACGUAAAAAACAACGUACAACAAAUAUACAAUAUCCACAACAACAACAACCUUUAAUUACAUUAAAUAAUAAUAAUAAUAAUAAUAAUCUAACAAGUGCAAUCAAUAAUAGUCUACAUCAAAAUCUUAAUAAUAAUAUCAAAUUAAAUGGUGGUGGUAGUGUUGGUGGUGGUAAUAGUUUAAUGUUUAAGAAUAUAAUUCCAUUACUUAAUGGAAUGACAUCGACAACAACAACAGCAUCGACGACGACGACUACAUUAACCUCAACAGCUUUAACAUCAUCAUCAAAUGAAAAUGGAAUGACAAUCGAUACAAGUGAUGAUGAUACUACCGGUAAUGGUGGUGGUGGUGGUGUUAGUAAAGAUGAUUGUAGUUCAUCAUCUAAAUCAAUAUCGAAUAUUGAUAAGAAUUUUUUCCUAACAUCAUCAUUAAAUAAUACUUCAACGUCAGAUACAACAAAUCAUUCACCUAAUUUGAAAAAUGGUGAUUCAACAACGAAGACAUCGAAUCAUAAUAAUAAUAAUAAUAAUAACAAUGUUGUCAAUAAUAAUAACAAUAAUAAUGAUGAUGAACGUGAAGAAUCGGAAGAAUUUGAACCAACUAAACUAUUGGAACAAUCAAUGUCAACACCUGAGAAUACCGGUGAUGCACAAAGCGGUGAUGACGAUGAUGUUGAAGAAAGCAAAUUUAUGGAUGAUGAAUAUUCAUCAAAUAAUUCAACCAAUGAUAUAUCAAAUGUAUUAGCAAUGACCAAUUUUGCCAAUCAAUUUGCAGUUCCUAAUAAUAAUAAUAAUAAUAAUAAUUCAAACCAUAAUAACAAUAACAACAAUAACGUUACUGUCAAUGGUAAUGGCAAUAAUAAUCGUUCAAUUGAAGAAUCGAUAGUAUCGUUUGCUGAAUAUGAAACAUUAUUGGCCGAAAUACAGCAAAAAAAUCUAACAACAUGUCCAAUUUGUUCGAAAGAAUUUAUUAAAAAAUCAAAAUUAAUACGUCAUUAUCAUACACAUUUUAGUGAUUUUCGGCCAAAAUUUUCUUGUAUAUUUUGCGGGAAAUUAUUCACAACACAAGAUUGGUGUAAACGACAUGCAUUAAAUUGUCAAUUGAAACAUUAUCAAAAUAUGUCAUCAUUGGAUAUAUUUAAUGAUUAAUUCGAUUGAAAAUAACCAAAAAAAAGAAAAAGAAAUUGAUUGCCUAAAAAAUUGUUUCCUAAAUUGAAGAGCUUAUGUGCAACUUAUAACAACAACAACAACAAAAAUUACAACGAACAAGAAUAUUCUGAAUACUUUGAUAUAACUAACUAACUAAAUUUGUAAAUCCAUCCUAUUUUUUUGAUUGUUUGUUGUUUGAAUACGAAUCCACCCAAUUCACAUCUACAAAAUCAUCUUAUACUUAAAAAGAACUAUGACCACCAUAAACAUCACCAUCAAUGG